AUGGGUCGCUCGCCGAGCCCGCGGCGGCGUGAGGACCGUCGUGAUCGCCGUGAGAGAGAUCGAGACCGUGAUCGGGACCGCGAAAGGCGGAGGCCUAGAACCCGGUCCCGUUCACGGUCACUUGACCGAAGACGACGUUCAGCAGAACGCCGUCGGUCCCCCUCACCUCGUCGCCGACGAUCUAGGUCCAUAUCUCCCACACCUACCACGUCUUUCGUGCCAAAACCAAAGAAAAAUUUCGGUGAACGACCCAUUGUGACUCCAGCCGACUUAGAAGGCAAGACUCCUGAAGAGCAGGAGAUGUUGAAAGUCAUGGGUUUCUGCGGCUUUGACACAACUAAAGGUAAGAAGGUUGAUGGUAAUGUUGAAGGCGAUGUGCAUGUUGUAUUAAAACGCAAAUAUAGGCAGUAUAUGAACAGAAAAGGAGGCUUUAACAGGCCGCUAGAUUUUGUUGCG